GCACGACACGAUUCAGCAAUCUUGAGGUAAAAUGGCGACGGGUGCCAUUUCCACGGAGUCCAAGAAAAUAUCCGAUUUAAGAGUUGUUGAUCUUAAAUCAGAGCUCAAACGAAGGAAUUUGGAUACGUCUGGCAUAAAGAGUGUUCUUCUUGCAAGAUUGAGAGAGGCUCUUGAGGAUGAAGAUGGUGACACAGAAAACAUUCAAAUCCAGCUUUCAACUGACUCAUCAACUCGGAAAGGUGGGGAAGUUAAAGGGAAAAAAGUGGAUUCGGAUGCGGACACCACGGGGGAAGAAGAUGUGUUAUCCAAGGAAACUGAAGAGUACGAAUCAGAAAAAGAUGUAACUGAUACAGAUGAUGGUACUCGUGAACAUUCUAAGCCUGCACCCUGCGAGGACAGCCUCUCUCAGCCCGAGGCUGAACCAGAGUCAGAAGCUGUGGAGGCUGAGGCGGAUUCUGAGCCUGAGCCAGAGGUCGAUGUGGAUGCAGAGCCAGAGAUGGAUGAGGACGCCGACCCAGAGAUGGAUGAGGAGGCUGAACCAGAGGUAGAGACGGAACCAGAGAUGGAGAACGACCUGGCUGAGAUGGAUGCUGAAGCCAUGAAUUCCUCCAAAGAAGCUGAGGACGAUCACCUAUCCGUCUCAAUCCCAAAUGACGAUGCCAUCACCCUAGAUGUUGAUGGUGAUGAUCUCCUGGAAACAGGUAAACAUGUGAAACUUCCAGAUCCAGAGGCCGAGAAGGGCACUGAUGAGCCAGAGGCCUCUGCUGAGACGGGCCGAGAUGAUGACAUGAAAGUGGAAGAGACCGAGGGCCACAAAGAUGGUAAGAAAGAUGAUGGAUCCAGGGGUCAGCCCACGAAGAAAGACGGCAGAGAGGCCCUGAAGAAAGCUGAAACGGGAGACAAAGAAAAGGAUUCUGGGAAGAAAGGCCCCUCCACUACUGGGGCAUCAGGUCAAGCAAAGAGCUCUUCAAGAGACAGGGAUGGAAAAGCUGCAAAAGAUGAAAAGGGACUCGUCAGCAGCAACAGCAGCUCUUCUCGUAACUUAUGGGUGAGCGGCCUGUCGUCAAACACCAAAGCAGCCGAUCUAAAAAACCUGUUUGGCAAAUACGGGAAGGUUUUAAGCGCCAAGGUGGUUACAAAUGCUCGCAGUCCCGGUUCAAAGUGUUACGGCUUGGUGACGAUGUCUUCCAGUACAGAGGUGGCGCGGUGCGUCUCCCACCUUGACUGUACAGAGCUCCAUGGACAGCAGAUAUAUGUUGAAAGGGCCAAAAAUGAUCCGUUCAAAAAAGAGGGCUCAAAGAAGGAAGCGGAGGACAAAGCAAGUUCCAGCAAAUCAAGUGACAAGCGCAGUUCCAUGGGGAUAAAGCUGCCUAACAAAGUACAGCCACCUUACAAAAAAGAGGACAAGAAAUUGGAUAAACAAUCAGAAAAAGAUAAAGAUUUAUCCAAGAAAAUGGAUGGCAGAAGUGGAAAAUCUGACUCCGUUUCAUCCAACAUGGGGCAGGAUUCUUCAAAGAAAGAUGACCGAAAGCAUGGGCGGGCAAAGAGCCCAGGCAAGAUGGCGAUGAUGCAUCAUCCCAGAGAUUCUAAUUUCAACAGAAUGAGACCUUUCAGAAGGGGACGGUAUUUUGAUAGACCUUUUGUCAACAUGAAUGUUCAAAGGCGGCCAAAAUGGUUGAUUCCUCCCGAAGAGUUAGAGAUGAUGAGAGAAAAACCGCGUCCCUUUAUUAACAAGGGGGAAGUAAAAGACAUCCUGCCUUUUGAGAAGAUGAAGGAGCAGAGGAUGCGUGAGCGGGUGGCUCGUCUGGACCGUGUCUGUAGAGCCGUAGAGUUGCGCAGGCGGCGUGAAAUUGCCGAACAAGAACGUCGGGAGCGAGAGCGAGUCCGCCUGCUGCGGGAGCGUGAAGAACGGGAGAACCUGCUCCGAGAGCGCCAGAGACUUGAGAUGGAAAGACAGAAACUGGAAAGAGAACGCCUGGAGAGGGAGAGGCUUGAGCGAGAGAGAAUCCGCAUAGAGCAGGAACGACGUAAAGAGGCAGAGCGCAUGGCACGGGAACGCGAGGAGCUGCGCCGGCAGCAGGAGCAUCUCCGUUAUGAGCAAGAAAAGAGAAACAACCUGAAAAGGGGCCGUGAAGUGGAGCAUGGCCGGAGAGACGAUUCGUAUUGGAAUGGCAACAAGAAGAUGCAGUCUGAGUCCGAUGUCCGUCUGAACCAGGGCUCCAACUACAACCGGCAGCAGAACCGCUUUUCAAACUUCACUCCCCGAGAGAGGGGGCGCUUUCCAGAGGCUGCAACUGAGCAGCCCAACACGUAUGACAGACGUAACCGGUUUGACGGUGAGCCAGAGGCAAAGAAGAGUCGUCCUGCUCCUCACAGAGAGAGCUCUGGCUUUGAGCGCUACCCAAAGAGCUUUGAAACAGUCCGCAGAGCCGAGCCACCUCCUCCACGCACUGAACUCCGAGACACUGACCGCCGGGACAGAGAUGAGAGGCGGCCUGUGCCCAUGCAUGAUCGCCCUAUGGGAGCCAGAGCUGCAAUGCCUGGCAUGUCGCACAACCGAUCACCCAGGGAUGGAGGCCAUGGGUGGAAGAAUGAUGGUGGCAUAAACUCCAACAAGGGAGAUAUACGUAAUGCUGGGUUGAACAGAGGACCUAUGCGCAUGCGUGCAGAGCGACCAGGCAGAGAUGGUCCAGGCCCCGUACUCAGAGGAGGCUCGUCGGCCAGCCGGGGAAGGAGCAGCUUCAAUGAUCGAGAUGGAGGGAGGCCAAUGGGGAUGAAUGAUCAGCCGUUUAGCUCUGGUCGCCAGGUUGUGGUGGAGCGUCACAGCAGGGAUCAGGGACUGAGGAAGGAGUGGCACGGUGGAUCAAGCUCCCAGGGCGGCGGCUACCCUGAUAAUCGCAGAAUGGGAGACAGCCGGGGCAGCAUGAUGGCCCCCUCCAGUCACUCUUCGUCAGGAAUGAACCGAAUUGUACAGAUUACCAACAACUCCAUUCCCAGUGGUGGCAACGUGGGAGGGUUCAAGCCCUUCAAAGGAACGCCGCGGCCCUUCUAACUGCAACCAAAUUCUGCCAAUUUAAAGCACCUGAAAAUCUGAAGACUUUUCUGAACUCUUUAAAUUUUUAGAAUAUCAACUGUUUUAGGUGGCACAUUUGUAGCCACGAGGUUGAUGACACUAUUUUAUUUUGUAUAGACAAGUGUUUACCUUUGUUCUGCUGUUACCAUUUAACAACCCUGUGCAUAUGUUUUACUUAUAUUUAGGAAGAUAUUGUACAGCCCUAAGUAUUUGUAACACGUUUUCGAGUGAUAAUACCAACGUCUCCCCUAACUGAGUGUUGUAUGUAUAUUUUCAAUAGCCUAGUGUCACACUCAGUUUUCUUCUGUAAUAUGUGUUAUUUUAGUGUAUUAUAGAGCUCAAUAAGUGUCUGUCGUCACUCAUUUGGAUGUUUCUCUGUGAGGAAACGGAUGACGUAGGAGUUUAUUUUGUAUAGUUUUUUUGAAAAGUCAUACUUGGUGAAGAUGUCCUGUUUUGUAAAGAGUAGUACACAAAACAAUGUUGAUCUGUAAACUAGCCUGCAUUGUAGCAAAAUGCCUCCCAUAGGCCUCGAGAUGAAUAACAUACAGGCGCGCGUGUGUCUGAAAUAAAAUGUGACUUUCAAAUCUGUUACUGCAGAGCUUUCAAUGGUGUCAGGAAAGACCAUGACGAACAUAACUUUGUCUAUUGGCUCACCAUUUUGAACAUAAUUCUUGCAUUUUCGGGUUUGCAGAAAACUCAGCCUGUAUACUGAAUUUUAAAGAAGAUAUCAUUUUGUAAAGGACAUGAUAUUUGGACAUUCUGUGUACUUCGGUGGCAGCUUGCAGAAGGUUAGUCUGAACAAUGCAGCUCGCAGCAUUAAAUCUGCUCACUUAUGAAAACUACAAAAGGUUGACACUUAACAGAAGGAAACUCUGCUGUGAUUAACCCAAGACCAUAAACCUCCAUAUGGCUUAUUCAGUCAUUUUUCUCUUCAUUUAAUUAAGAACUGUGAAUUAAGGGGUCUAUCCUCUAUUGUUUUUAUAGUUGGAUCAACACAUCCAGAUCUGCACUGCAUUUGCUUACUGUCACUCUUUACCUAAUGUCAGAUGUGGUUGAAACUUCAUUAAACUGAUAAGCGGAACGACUUGGCCUGAA